CUCCAUAGCUUUCAAGAUUCUAUAUUUUUUCUUUUGGCAGAACACGUUACUAGCACAAAUUAAUGGCUUUGGUUUCAACUCAAAAAUUGGCAGGGUAUUCUACUUCUUCUACCCGUGGAAAGCUUACCUUACCACAACAUGUGGUUGGGAAAAUAGGUAUGCUUUUUCCUCCAGAACUGCAAAAUGAAGGAAACGCAAAAUUCAAUAUGUUUUUGGAAGUUCCUAAUGAGGGUAGUCGCCCUUUUGUGGUAACCACAUCACUUCAAAAACUUAGGAAAGCGGAGGAAAAAGUGGAAAGGGCUCCAGAGGCCGACCGAAUUGAUGAACUUGAUGCCAUGGAUGAGGAUGUAGUACCCGAACAGGCUCCAAUAAAGAUGGAAUUUGACCUGAAUGAGCCUGUCCAACUCGACAUGGAGAUCAAUCUGAACCAACCGAAUCAACCGGUAAGGAUGGAGUUCGACCUCAAUGAACUGGCACACCCCAACAUGGAGAGUGUCUCUGCUGUUGAUUUGGUGCUGCCUAAAGAUAAGGAUUCAAAUGCUUCAAUCGAAAGGAUCGGAGCCUUCAUCGAUAAUGGUUUGGUUACUGGUGAAUCGAAGGAGUUAUGCGUGGUCUCUAACGCCGGAGUUUACAUCUCUGUAGAUUCAACGAAUCAAAUGGAUCGAGCCAUGCUUAUGGGGUUUUUAAUUAGCCGAGUAGAUAAAAUCCUUCCUGGGCAAUGGUUUGGAGGCAGGUGAAUCGUUGGAGGUAUGUUUGGUUAUCAGUGCUGAAGGGUUUUCUCUCAGUGUGGGUUUAUCACUCGCCUGAGCUUGUCUCAUGGAAUCAAUGGGUGCGCUUUAGCAGGAAAGAGAAGCUCCUUCCUUGUUACCGCCAGUACUUUACCUGAUUUCCUGAUGAACGAGGUCUACGAGUUGAGUUCUCCAGCUAUCAAACAUGAAGAUGCAGUUGAGUGGUUCAAAGGUAGGUGGCUAAAUCGGUGGCAGUUCUGUAUGCUUGGUUUGCUCUGAAUGUCUGGAUUGCGGUAAUUGUCUGGAAUAUGAUUUAUUUAGAAUCCCUGAAUUUUCUUUAGUACUGGUAAGAAUUUUUUUAAGCUUAAAAAUAUAACAAAAUUAAGUCC